AUGCCUGAUCAAGACAAAAAAGUGAAGACCACGGAAAAAUCAGCUGAUAAAAAACAGCAAGGAACCACCACCAGGGACUAUUCUGAUCUGAAAAGACUUCGGUGUCUUUUGAACGUCCAGUCAAGCAAACAACAGCUUCCAGCCAUUAACUUCGAUAGUGCCCAAAAUAGCGUGACGAAGUCUGACCCUGCCGUCAAGGUGGGCGGACACAGAGCUCGAGGUCAGUGGCACGAGUCCACAGAAGCUGUUGAACUUGAAAAUUUUAGUAUAAACUACAAGAAUGAGAGAAAUUUCAGCAAACAUCCCCAGCACAAACUAUUUCAGGAGAUCUUUACAGCCUUGGUGAAAAAUAGACUCAUAUGCAGAGAGUGGGUGAAUCGAGCCCCAUCUAUUCAUUUUCUGAGAGUGUUAAUCUGUCUGAGGCUACUAAUGAGGGAUCCAUGUUAUCAGGAAAUACUCCAUAGCUUGGGUGGGAUUGAAAACCUAGCUCAGUACAUGGAGAUUGUGGCCAAUGAGUACCUCAGCUUCGGAGAGGAGCAGCACAGUGUGGACAAGCUGGUUAACAUGACAUAUAUUUUCCAAAAACUUGCUGCUGUCAAAGACCAAAGAGGAUGGGUCACCACAAGUGGUGCCCACAAGACGUUAGUGAAUUUACUUGGUGCCCGAGAUACUAAUGUUCUGCUAGGUACUCUUUUGGCUCUGGCUAGUUUAGCAGAAAGUGCUGAAUGUAGGGAGAAGAUAACUGAACUCAACAUUGUAGAAAAUUUGUUGAUUAUUUUACAUGAAUAUGACUUGCUUUCCAAAAGACUGACCGCGGAGUUACUGCGCCUACUGUGUGCCGAACCCCAGGUGAAAGAGCAGGUGAAGCUCUAUGAGGGGAUACCUGUCCUUCUCAGUUUGCUCCACUCUGAUCACCUGAAGCUGCUCUGGAGUGUUGUCUGGAUUCUGGUCCAGGUUUGUGAGGACCCCGAGACCAGUGUGGAAAUUCGCAUCUGGGGAGGCAUCAAGCAGCUUCUUCAUAUUUUGCGAGGAGAUAGAAAUUUUGUUUCUGAUCGUUCCUCUAUCGGAAGCCUGUCCAGUGCAAAUGCUGCAGGCCGAAUCCAGCAGUUUCAUUUGUCAGAAGAUUUAAGCCCUCGAGAAAUACAGGAAAAUAUUUUCUCUCUUCAAGCAGCCUGCUGUGCUGCCCUCACUGAACUGGUACUCAACGACACCAACGCCUACCAGGUGGUUCAGGAAAAUGGUGUAUAUACAAUAGCAAAAUUAAUUUUACCAAAUAAACAAAAGAAUGCAGCAAAAACUAAUCUAUUACAGUGUUAUGCUUUCAGAGCCUUGAGGUUUCUCUUCAGUAUGGAGAGAAACAGACCACUCUUUAAAAGACUUUUCCCCACCCACUUGUUUGAGAUCUUCAUUGACAUAGGACAUUAUGUUCGUGAUAUCAGUGCUUAUGAAGAAUUGGUAUCAAAGCUGAAUUUAUUAGUGGAGGAUGAACUGAAGCAAAUUGCUGAAAAUAUUGAAAGCAUUAAUCAGAACAAAGCCCCUUCAAAGUAUAUAGGCAACUACGCAAUUUUGGAUCAUCUCGGAAGUGGAGCUUUUGGCUGUGUUUACAAGGUUAGAAAGCGAAGUGGUCAAAAUCUUUUAGCAAUGAAAGAGGUCAAUUUACAUAACCCAGCAUUUGGAAAGGAUAAAAAAGAUCGAGACAGCAGUGUAAGGAAUAUUGUUUCUGAAUUAACAAUAAUUAAAGAGCAGCUUUAUCAUCCCAAUGUUGUUCGUUAUUACAAAACAUUUCUGGAAAAUGAUAGGUUGUAUAUAGUUAUGGAGCUUAUAGAAGGAGCCCCACUUGGAGAGCAUUUCAGUUCUUUGAAGGAAAAACACCACCACUUUACUGAAGAAAGACUAUGGAAAAUAUUUAUACAGCUGUGCUUAGCUCUUCGGUACUUACACAAGGAGAAGAGGAUUGUCCAUAGAGAUCUGACACCAAACAACAUUAUGUUGGGCGAUAAGGACAAAGUAACAGUUACUGACUUUGGCCUGGCAAAGCAAAAACAAGAAAACAGUAAACUCACGUCUGUUGUUGGAACAAUCCUGUAUUCUUGCCCUGAGGUGUUGAAGAGUGAGCCCUACGGGGAGAAAGCUGAUGUCUGGGCUGCAGGUUGCAUCCUUUAUCAGAUGGCGACUCUGAAUCCUCCCUUCUACAGCACCAACAUGCUCUCCUUGGCUACAAAAAUAGUGGAGGCAGUAUAUGAACCAGUGCCAGAAGGCAUUUAUUCUGAAAAAGUGACAGAGACCAUCAGCAGGUGCCUCACUCCUGAUGCAGAAGCCCGUCCAGAUAUUGUAGAAGUCAGUUCAGUGAUAUCGGAUGUCAUGAUGAAGUAUUUAGACAAUUUGUCUACAUCCCAGCUAGCCUUGGAGAAGAAGCUGGAACGGGAACGAAGGCGCACGCAGAGGUAUUUUAUGGAAGCCAACCGGAAUGCUGUCACAUGUCACCAUGAGCUGGCUCUUCUAUCUCAGGAAACCUUUGAGAAGGCCAGUUUGAGUAGCAGCAGCAGCGGGGCAGCCAGCCUGAAAAGUGAACUUUCAGAAAGUGCAGACCUGCCCCCUGAAGGCUUCCAGGCCCCCUGUGGUAAGGAUGAAGACAGGGCUUGUGAUGAAGUCCUGUCAGAUGAUAACUUCAACCUGGAAAAUAUUGAGAAAGAUCUAUAUUCAGAGCUCGAUGAUGAAUUGGAUAUUUCAGAUAACUCCAGCAGCUCCAGUUCAAGCCCUUUGAAAGAAUCUACGUUCAGCAUUUUGAAGAGAAGUUUUAGUGCUUCAGGAGGAGAAAGGCAAUCCCAAGCAAGGGACUUCACUGGUGGAAUAGGAUCAAGACCAAGACCAGCUUUGCUGCCUCUUGACCUGCUUCUGAAAGUGCCACCCCUCAUGCUCAGGGCCCACGUUAAGGAACUAGAGGCCGAGUUAGUGACAGGGUGGCAGUCCCAUAGCCUUCCUGCUGUGAUUCUUCGCAAUCUCAAAGAUCAUGGGCCACAGAUGAGCACAUUCUUGUGGCAAGCAUCUGCAGGAAUUGCUGUGUCCCAGAGGAAAGUACGUCAGAUCAGUGAUCCUAUUCAGCAGAUAUUAAUUCAACUGCACAAAAUCAUCUACAUCACACAGCUUCCUCCGGCUUUGCACCACAAUUUGAAAAGAAGGGUUAUAGAGAGAUUCAAGAAAUCCCUUUUCAGCCAACAGAGUAACCCUUGUAAUUUGAAAUCUGAAAUUAAAAAGCUAUCUCAGGGAUCUCCAGAGCCGAUUGAACCCAACUUUUUUACAGCAGAUUAUCAGUUAUUACAUCAUUCAUCAGGUGAAAACAGCCUGUCCCCAAAUGACCAGACAGGUCUACCCACCAGCUUUGAUUCGGAGGAGGGAAUAACAUAUGAACAGAUGCAGACUGUGAUUGAAGAAGUUCUAGAGGAAAGUGGCUAUUACAAUUUCACAUCUAACAGGUAUCAUUCCUAUCCGUGGGGGACCAAGAAUCACCCAACCAGAAGAUGA